AUGCAAGGCCUUCCUGCUGUAGGAAAAGUGCUUUUUGUCGAAGCUCGUAAAGCUAGGGAUAACGCUCACUAUAAAUUUGAAUAUGGAGUUCAUGAUCCCCAUACCCAUGAUCACAAAUCUCAACACGAACAUAGACAUGGUCAUGAUGUUCAUGGAGGAUACACACUGAAAGAAGCCGACGGUACCCACAGAAUUGUCAAGUACACAUCUUCUCCCCACAAUGGAUUCGAAGCAGUAGUUGAAAGAAGGGGUCACGCUCAGCAUCCUGCCCAUUACGGACAUGGACACGGUGGUCAUGGUCAUGGUCAUGGACAUGGUGGACAAGGGGGUACCAGCUAUGUUGGUGUUACACACUGGGCUAACCAAGGUAGCGAAGAAGGACAUGGACAUGGACAUCAUUAA